AUGAGAUCAUAUUCACUGCCCCAACAAGUGAGGAGAUCAUCAACAGAAAAACAGUUGGAACAACACCUGAAAUCACAUCCUGGAAAUCCAGCCAUAUCUGAGUUUGAUUAUGAAACCGGUGAAACCCCAAGGAGGUCACCCAGGAUCAAAGUUGAAGCAGGAGAAGGCCAAAGAGCAGGAUGGUGCACUGGUGGCUUAGAAUCAAGUGGUGGAUUUGAUGGAGAAAGUGAAGGUGGACUUGUUGGUGGCCUAGGUGAUGGUGAAGGGACCAAAGAAUUUGGUGGGGAAGCAUGUGGAGAAUCUGGUAGUAAUGAUAUAGAUCCUGAUGGAGGAAAUGGAAAAGAUGAGAAUGGUGAAUUUGAGGGAGAGACUGAAGGUGAAACCGUUGAUGGAUCUCGUUACCUCCAGACUCCAUUUUCUUGA